AUGGCUUCGAAUUCGAGUGGUUGCGAGAUCGACUCUGUGCAAGUGGAGCGAGCAGUGGACUGUCCAAGAAGUGACCACAAUCGGACCGUUGAAGAGCUGGUGUCCCGCGAUCAGCACGCCGUGAUCGUAGUCUAUUGGGUGCUGAUGACCUUGGGCGGGCUCGCGAACCUAGCGGUGCUGCUGAGCCUGGCGAGGACACGACGGCGCAAGUCCAGGGUCGACUUGCUGAUGACUCACCUCGCUGUGGCAGACGUCUCCGUCACCUGCGGUGUUAUACCGCUGGAGAUCGGCUGGAAGUACACGAACGAGUGGUUGGCGGGAAACGUUCUAUGUAAAAUACUGCUUGUGAUGCGUGCCUUCGGCCUGUACUUGUCCUCCAACGUGCUGGUCUGCAUAUCUCUCGACAGAUUCUUCGCCGUCCUUUAUCCGCUUAAACUGCGAGCGGCGGGAAAACGUAGCAAGUGCAUGUUAUACUGCGCGUGGGCGAUGGCGCUAGCCUGCAGCUUGCCACAGAGCGCAGUAUUCCGAGUGCUCGAGCACCCUCAGUUGGCCGGUUUCGAGCAGUGCGUGUCGUUCGGCGCGUUCUCCAGCGCCGCUCAGGAGGUGGCGUACAACGUUGCCUGCCUGUGCGCCAUGUAUUUUGUACCGCUCCUCGUCAUCACCGCCUGCUACGUCUGCAUCUUCUGCAGGAUACGCCGCUGCAGCGUCGGCCUCGAUGGCUACUGCAGUCACGGGGCGGUUGGUUCGGGAUGGGGUGUUGCUGGCAGACGUGUGGAACGGUGCUGUACGAGAAAGGAGGGCACGCGGUGCGACCACCUCCGCCGCUCCGACCACCGCAUUUUGGAGCGCGCGCGCCGCCGCACCCUGCGUAUGACCGUCGUCAUCGUCACUGUGUUCGCUCUCUGCUGGCUGCCCUACGCCGUUAUGGCCAUGUGGUACAUGGUAGACUGGCGUUCGGCGUCCCGUGUGUCACCGCAAAUCCAAGAUAUGCUGUUUGCGAUGGCCGUUUCCAACUCCUGCAUGAACCCACUGGUCUACGGUUCCUACGCCCUGCGCUCAAAUGAGACCAUCCAAAAGCUUAUCAGAAAAGCCUGGUGCUGGUCUACCGACUCCAACACUACUACAGAACAGCAAUCGCACUCGUCUGGGCGUGCGAUUUGCGGAGACCUCGCUGACGUCGCCCAAGGCCGGCAGCGCCCCAGAGCCGAGGGUGAGGCGGGGGCCCGCCUGACAGCCGCCGCCGCGGCUGCUCUGCGCCCCGCAAGAGCGGCAGCGCGCACUGCACGAGUGCCGUGGAGCUAUGUCCACCCUGGUCUAAACCCGCCUCGCUACAGUGCAGCGCGCUACAGAGCCCUGAUAGCUCAGUGUCCGGGCGCUCGUCUU